UAUUACCGGUUUGUUUAAAAAGUAUAUUGACUGAAGUAUUUUAAUUGGAAGUAUUCUUUUGAUAAAAUCUUCUAUUUUGGAGAAAAGUUGUGUUUACUAUGUAAAUGUGAGCAGCGCUUCCUGUUUGAGAAAACCUGAGCUCAGUUUCACUCCUUCAUCUGCUGUCCCAUGAUCCCAUCCUCAUAAUAGUAAUAAUGAAACAAUAACAGACAGACUGCGAGCUGAUUGGCUGUUGACUCCUGAGGAUCAGGCAGGAUUCUGACAUGGUCAUUUUCGUUAAAAUGACUAAAUGUAUUAAUAAUUAUUGUAACCAACUAAACCUAUCUUUGCACAACAUAUUUUACAAUAAACCAACAGUUUACAGGAAAGUGCUCUAAAGGCUGUGGGAUUUUUUUAUUUAUUCCUGACCUGUUUACAUCUAAACCGGUUCUGCAGCUUCUCACCGUCACAUGACCUCAGCAUGAUCUCAGCGUGGCACACGUUCAUUUUCUGCUCAGCUAAUAUAAAGCCAGAGAUGAAUUGAAUGUUUAGUUAAUAAAGGAAACACCAAUCUGUUUAUUCUGACUCAGACUAAAGAGUUUAACAUAGGACCCAUGAUUUAACUUCCCAUUUUUAACAUGAUGUAUUGAGGAUCUACAACUGUUCUGCUGUUGUCUCCAUGUAGCUCCUCACAUCAUAACCUUAUUAUUAAUCAUCUUUAUUGUUCAUUGCAACAUCCAUUCAAGUUAAAUUCAUCCUCUGCGUUUAACCCAUCCAUCAGGGAGCAGUGGGGCGGCGCCUGGGGGGCUACCGGGGGCUAAGGGUUUUGCUCAGGGACCCAGAGUGGCAAUCUGUGGGAUUUGAACCGGGGAGCUUGUGGCCUCUCCAGGAUGCAUCGGCCUGCUCUGACCACUGGGUCAAUCCCCCCGCCCCCCAAACCCUGCCCAUCACGUUGCUGCUUUCAGUUGUUUCUGUAUCUCAGAAUGUGACAGAUGUUUUUAUAAUGAGAGAAAAAGUUGCUUUCUCUUUCAGACAAAGAAAUACAUUUUUAUGAACACACCCUAAGGGGAUUUCCUUUCUCUUUCUAUUUAAGCAUAUGUCCACUUUCAGGUUAAGUCCACAGGUGUUUCAGGAGGCGUGAAGCGUCUCUGACUACAUCCAGAGAGUGGUUCCUGAGCAUAAACCAGCUAUGAGCGACCAGACGACCCACAGUCUGAUGCACCUGAUUGCUGCCAUGGAGGAGCUGGAGAGGCUCCUGGAGGAUCUCAACAACCGCCUCAGCCCCAUUUUCCUGGCUUCUCCUGUCCGGAUACUCUGUCCAGUUCCUGUUGGGGGAUCACAAAGAGUGUCCAGGAGGAAACGGCUCAGAGGAGCUCAGAACUCUGACGGCACCAAGAGCCCCGAUGAAAAGAACGGAUUGAUAAGGCUUGCUGUGGAGAACUGCACCAACCCAACCGUCAGGAAGUGGCUCAGAGAAAAGUCCCACACCUUCACCAAGCUGGUGGCCAUGUUUAAGUUCCUGAAAGCACGCAUAGAUGAGGAGGAGAAGAAGGACCACAGCGACUCUGUGGACAUCACCUUUAUAGCUCAUGGAGCGAUCGCAGACUUCAUGAUCCCAGCCAGCUGUCUGCUGCCUCUGGCCUCCAUCAGCGACGUGGUUCUGUAUUCUCCCUGGAACUGUGUCUCUGCUGGUUUAGCGUACGGCAUCGCCUCAGGAAGACUAAAGCCUGAGCACAGGAUCUUCUACUGCUCCAAGAAGGACGGCUGUACAGUUCCUGAUGAAAAGCAUCGGCCACAGAAACUGCCGGACCAUUGGAACUCCAUGAGGAAGGCUGGAGAUCAGAUGAUCCCAAACAUCACAGUUAGUCCUCUACGACCAGACGAUGGCGUUUGGAAAGGCUUUGAAUCUCGCACCAAGAAAUACGGCUCUAUCGGAGCAAACCGCAUCGUGAUCCCGUUCAUCCUGCCAGGAGAAGAAGCUGAGAGCGUCCCGUUCUCUGUGGUCACCUUGGCUCUGUCUCUGGUUCUGCUCCAGUCCAGGUUCAAAGCCACCGUCCACCUGGACGCCUGUCUGGGGGACAGAUCUGUUGGACCCAAGUUUGAUAAAAGCUACCUGGAGCAGCAGUAUGCUUGUGCUAUGGACAGCACCACCCUGGCAUGUUCUCCUGAGACGUUCAGUCAGGCCCUGCUGAGUAGCCGGGUACCAUGAGAUGAGGCAUAAACACCGUACCGAGUGCUGUCAGGCGUCAUCACCCCAACUUCUUCAACUGUGAGAACCAAACUUUAUGUCUGCAGACGUCCAGGUUCUUCACAAACUACAGCCAAGAACAAAGACUUUUGUUUUGGCAAAAUUCAGGAGCCAUACUUGAAAGAUCGUGGUGUCAGAAACCGUUAGAUUUCUCAGGAUUCAUCAUUAAACAACGUUGGGUGUCAUCGUUUUAACAAAAGAUGUGUAUGUGCAAUAUCUGGAAUUAUGUAACGAGAGAAUCGAGGAGGUCUCAGUCCAGAACCUUGUGGAGCCCCAGAACUGAUUCAGGACUGUGAGAAAACAUUGUUUACUUCUUUAAAUCCAUCCGAUGACGACUGGAACCCAAAGCAGGUCCUGGAACCCACAGAUGCUCUACAGACCGAAGAAGAAUGAUCUCAGACAGAUUAGAUCACACUGUGAGUAAUGAACAGCUGGGUUUAGGAUCAUUAAUCUGUCAGACUUUCAACAAGGAGCACCUGAUGGACAAUAAGACACUAUCAGAUAUAUGGACUGAACUAGUCUUCAUCAAAGCUGCCAGUCCUCCUGCAAAGCUACGAACUCUGAAAGUUUUAGGAACUGCAGCAUAUUUAAUUAAAGUUACCUAGAAAAUUAUACAUUUUCAUAAAAAGGAGAGUUAACCAGGGAUGUUCAGAGGUUGAGGGAUUAAUAAAGUUGGAGGAACACAUUGUUCAUGAUGCAACCAGGAGUCCUUUGGUCCGUUAGAGCAAACCCAAAGCCGUCCAGUUAUCAGGCUGAGUAUCAUUAAAAGGAAAGCGUCCAGGCAAUCUGAAGUCAUAAAGCAGAUGAUUUGAGAUUUGAUUAUAUAUACAAGGGUUAAUAUGUAACUGUUUUAUGCACAAACAUGUGGACACUCACGUUAAUUAACAGCAUGGGGGGAAUGACCCGCAUUCAGUUCCUCUUACUUCAUUCUGGAGGUUUACUGUCAAAUAUUGCUAAAAAUCUUGUUUUUUAUAUGACUUACAGUUCUGUCCAUUUUGCCUUUCAGCUCUUGUUAUAAAAUGUGUUUACUGUUACAAUAUGAAGUUGUUAUGCAGCAAAAUAUAUCCAAAAUGAGUCACUUUUUCAGUAGGUUUACAGCAGUGAAAUCCCUGUCAGGGUUUGAUUCUUCUUUCUUCCUGUUGAUGUGCCCCUGGGCAAAGCACUUUACUCCAAGUUGCAUAUUGAUCUGUAAAUCAAUGACAUGUAUACGGUUGGAGCUUCAGAAGUCAUUAUGGUUC